AAAAUAGUUUCCCUGUAUGCGCCCACAGCCGAAUGGAGAUCACCCCGCUGGAGCCUCUGCCACACAGUGGUCACGUGAUUAGCGAGAGCCACCACUUUCUACGUUGUUGCAGGAGCGGUCAUCACGUCGCACACGAAAAGUUGCUAGUCGGUGAAGAAAAUGGCUUAUUACCGCAGACAAAACUCUGACCAGGAUGACAGACCUAAAGGUCCCACCACUUACUUCCACCACACUAAUGUGGAACAUGCUGAGGCAAUACUGCGGGAUGGUGUCAUCCGACAGUCUCGUGGCGGAGGAGGUGAUGCGGUAUAUGGAGAUGGUACCUAUCUAACUCGUCUGGGACCCAAGCGCUCAGCUGGGGAGAUUGCCCGCAAUAACUGGGACGGCUUGUCUGGCAACCAUUGGGAAGCCAUGGAAGAUGCCGGCCGUACUGAUGCCACUAUCGCCAUAGAAAUGCCAGCCCAUGAGGCCAGCAAAGUUGAGAGACUACCAGAGCGUAGGGACAUCCAUCUGUACCCUGGGGACCUAAACCUGCACAACAAAAACCAUCGCAUCUACAUUCGGGACCAGAAUGGUAAGGCAAAAGAGUACACCCAUGAAUUUAAUUAGCUGGUGGAUCAGGAACUUUUGUCUAUUACGAUGGAACCGAGGGACCAACACUUGUGAAAUGGGAUCAAUUGAUGCACCACAACCUGCACAGAUUUUGUUACAGACUUGUUAUUUAGAAUGUUUUUGGUGAGAAUGUAAUCUGCAUGUAGUUUAUAUGAAAGAGAUAAGGAACUUGGUAGUACAGUUAGUAAUAUAGUUACUGUAGUUUAUAUGACAGAGAUAAGGAACUUGGUAGUACAGUUAGUAAUAUAGUUACUGUAGUUUUAAGAUUGUUAUAUGCUGUAGUUUAGUUUUGUUAUUAGUAAAUACAACUGUAGAUAAAGUACUUUAUCUUGAUACUAAACAAUAUUAUUUGAGUGACAAUUCCUUGGUGUAUAGCUGUCAUUUGUAUUUUUGUAACAUGCUUUAAUUCUAAUUAACUACUAUUAACUUGCAUCGUUAGUGAAUGGCUAGUAUCUGAGUAUUACUGAAGUGUGACGGUGAUAUUGAUACAAUGGGUAGUAUAGGAGUACAGGUGAUGUAUUUACUGAAGUGUGACAGUGAUAUAGAUACAAUGGGUAGUAUCCGAGUACAGGUGAUGUAUUACUGAAGUGUGACAGUGAUAUCGAUACAAUGGGUAAUAUCCGAGUACAGGUGAUGUAUUUACUGAAGUGUGACAGUGAUAUCAAUACAAUUGGUAGUAUGGGAGUACAGGUGAUGGAUUUAUUCUUCAAAAAUCCCAUUAUAUAUUAUUGUGACGGAGACAUGUGGGGGAGAUGUAGCUGGUUCAGAUGUUUUUAUGUAGCUGUUUAGUUUUACUGACUAGAGUGUACAAAGUGGGGUACAUCUGGAUAGGUCUAGUUAGUAACACCAAUGUCGUUUGAUCAUGAUCAGGUAUAAGUUGGCAUGACUUGUGAUAAAAAAAAAUUAAGAAAAAAUACCUUGGACAUUCCAUUACUGAUUAUUUUGAUAUUUUCAACUCUAUUUAGACCUGAAGAUGGGAUGAAAUGUCAUUAAAGUACCAUUUAUUCAAAACUGCUGUUUUAUCUUUGAUUUAAACUUCAAAGCCUUUACAUUACCACAUCAUGUCAGUUCGUUGUCAGUAUUAUGUUGUAUUCUUUUGUUGAACAUUUAAUAGGUAUACUGUGAUUACUUUGAACAUUUAACAGGUAUACUGUGAUUACUUUGACCAUUUAGCCACAGAAUUACAUUGAAAUGCUGCAUUCAAGGGUUAGUUUGUUCUUUGUCUUGCAUCAGUUAACAGGGAGUGUCAAUGACAAUAUAAUAUGUAACAUAAAUUUACAUUGUGUCUUGUCACCACAAGUAGCUUCUGUAAAAGUUCUGUAGGUGGCACUGUAGCAUGUGUUAUUCUGACCAUUAUACUCCCCACAAAGUAUUUGUGUAAAACAUAGGCAUGGAGAAGUUAUAUUGUCAGUCAUUAAAUACAAAUUUGAUAAUCUAACAGGAAAAACAGUCGCUAGUAGUGUCAAGCACGCUUGACAAUGUUGAUAAAACAUGUUAACACUUUAUUAUGUUACUAAAAAUUGGAAGUUGUAUGUAAUUUUGUUAAAAUGUUAUGCAAUAAACUGUUUGACUUUU